GCGUAAUCUUCAGUUCUAGAAUUCAGUUGUCACACACACUUUCAUGCUAGGAUAAGAACUGGGAGUUGGUACCUUGAGUACUAUACGCGCUAUGUGCUAGAAACCAAGACAAGACGUGGAUAAGCAAAAAAAAAGAGAGAAAAAGAGAUCAAUUACCUCGCUUUGUGCCUUUGUGCUCUGCCCUGCCUGUUGAUGGUGUUGUCGUCGAGAUCCAGCUGCCGAGCACUCAGAAUAUAUCAACAUUUGAAAAGAAUUUUUUCGGGAAUUGGUAGUACUUGAGGUCUCAGUGUGAGAUCUGGAAGCUGAGCUGAAACAUUGUAUCUCUGGAGACGUAAAAAUAGAUUCCGUUUAUAUCAUGAACUCCUUCCCUGGACGAUGAGGCAAAAGCAAGAAACCAUACAAUCAAGGAUGAUAAAUGGCACAUCUGACCUGUUCUCUAUACCUGAUGAUGAAUUCGCCGAGUUAGCAUGGGAGAAUGGUCAGAUUGUGAUGCAGAACCAGAACAGUAAGGCGAGAAAGGGCUCCUUCCCAAGCGGUGCCUUCUCCUCCCGGUAUGGCACUGUUCAAGAAAAGGAUACCAGGGAAAAAGUUGGUAAAUUUCCUCAUCCUGGUGCAGUUGAUGACCAUCAGCUGUCAAGAAGUUCCGCUGACAACGGAGAGAAUGCUCAAGAUGAUGAUAUUGUGCCGUGGAUCAGUUAUCCAAUUGAGGAAGUUUUGCCAAGUGAGACUCUCCAGAAUGAUUAUUGCGCUGAGUUCUUGAAUGAGUUCUCUGCAUUUGAUGUGAAUCCUCUAUCAACCCACAGGAGUAAUGUUGUUGGAACUGGUCGAACAGUGGGGUUAAGUCAAGAAAUUAGAAGGUCAAACAAUGUGGAACAUGGCCAUGUUCCAAAAGCACCUACAUGGAGCAGUUUGGGUUCGAGCAGAAUGAGAACCAGCCAUCCACAGCAAUUCCAAGCUCCAGCUCUCAAUUCCAAGUCAACAGUAGUUGACAUCAGGAGUAACGAUAAUAAUGUAGCUCAAGAACUCAACAGAAGGCUGCAGAAUCAGGGACCAGCGGGUUCCAAGCAGAAGCAGCAACAAGGCGGUAUGGGAACUCUGAUGAACUUCUCACAUUUUGCAAGACCCACUGCACUUGCUAAAGCAAACCCCCAUAGUUAUGCUGGAUCGCGAAGCAAUGAGAAGGCAUUUACUCCAAGCAGCAAUCCUGUCACUCUGAGACCAGUUGAAAGUAAUAGUGGCAGUAAGGAUAUUAACAAGGUACCAGGGCAAUCAGGCUCUGGUCCACUCAGGUUGGAAUUGGGAUCAUCCAUGAAGAAUCUUCAUGGAGGAGGCUCAGCUGAAUUUUCCAAUAAAAUCAGUGGGGAAGAUACUCUGAGGAGCAGUAAGAAUUGUACUAACUUGCCAGAUGGUCUUCCAAGUUCAAGCUUCGCAGCCAGUGUGGCUCUUUGUAGGCAUGACAACAGAAAAGAUGCUGAAGCAGUUAUGCCAUCUUCGUCUAUGUGUUCAGGGAAUAUCAAUGUAGCUGCAUCUAAUGAACCCAAACAUGGUGAAAAGAGAAAAGAAUAUGAUGCAGAAGACUCUGAUUACCUCAGCCACAGCGAAGAUCUCCAAGAUGAGUAUGCCGACAUAAGGAAGCCGCCAACUGGACGUGGUGAAAGAACAAAGCGAGGUCGGGCUGCAGAAGUUCAUAACUUGUCAGAAAGACGGAGGAGGAACAGGAUUAAUGAAAAAAUGCGUGCACUACAAGAGCUUAUACCGAACUGUAACAAGGUGGACAAAGCUUCAAUGCUUGAAGAGGCCAUUGAAUAUCUUAAAACUCUUCAGAUGCAAGUUCAGAUCAUGUCCAUGGGGAGUAGGCUGUACAUGCCACCUCCUAUGAUGUUCCCCCCUGCAAUGCAACACUUGCGCGGACCAAUGGUGGCUCAUUUCCCCUCGGUAGGUGUUGGAGUGGGCACCAGCAUGGGAUUAACCCCAGGUUGUCCAAUGAUUCCAAUUCCACCGAUGCAUGCACCACAGUUUCCUUGCACUCCAAGUUCAGGGCUAUCCUGCAUGAACGGAAUACCAGGACCUAUAAAUCCUUCAAUGUUUGGAGUCCACGGUCAGGGAUUUCCAGUUCUGAUGCCCAGGCCCCCGCAAUUUGGUACUUUAGCAGGACUUUCUCUGAAUAUGAAUGCUGAGCCCGAUGGACAUACAAACAAUGCUGUUGGAAUUACCAGUGAUCAUCAACAGCAGCAGAACUUAAAUGGAGAACCAAACGCAAGUACAGAUAAAACACAUAUUCAGAUAACAAAAGAUUGCCUAUGAUGAUCAGUAGUGGCAGAGAGAAAAAGCUCCACAUCUCGAUCCAAGUAGAUAGAUGGAGUAUUCAGGCCGUUCAAAAGUGGUUAACAGGUUCCAGUUUUUAGUCAUUUGCAAUUAACACCGCUUGCGGAUGGACACUCCAUGGAAAAGAUGGUGCAUUAAAUUGCCAGACCUAAUCUCAAACAAGUUAGCAUUGCUGCUCUGGCAAAUGUAACUAGUGAAAACAUCACUUAUCAUUAUGCACCCAACAUAAUGAUUUGUCACUGUCAUCGUCUACAAAUCCUUCUCUAGCACUAUACCCGUAUUUUUGGUUAUUGAAUGCUUGCAUUUAUGUGGCUAA